UUGGAAAAUUUUGAUGAAUGUUUAAAUUAUAUUCCUGAUUUUUGUUUAAUUGAUAUUAUUGCAUUAUUUGUAUUCCAGGUCGAAGUUUUUGUGAACAAAAUUGGACCGUAUUUCAAUAAGCAUGAAACUUAUCAUUUUUAUCAGUUACCGCUUUGUCGCCCUGUUAUGGUAUUAAUUUUUUUCCAGUCAAGUGAAUUUGAAAAUGUGAUAACUUAUAAAAGUUUAUCAUUGGGACAGCUAUUGAAUGGCGAUAGAAUAGCUGAGUCAUCUUAUUCAUUACAUUUUGGAGAACGACUAGCUAAAGCUUCUUUGUGCGGAAAAUAUAAAAUUACAGUAAAGGAGUUAGCUGACCUUGUAGCUGCUGUGGAAGAUAAUUUUUAUUUCGAAUUAAUUAUUGGUAAAAAUUUAUGUGCACUCCAAGUUUUUGUGAUUUUAGAUAAUAUCCGAGUCCAUAAUUAUUUGGGAUUCGUUGAAGAACAAAACACUUUUCCUCACAAGCAUCACGCUUAUUUGUACACUCACUUUGUUUUCGCUAUCGAUUAUAGUCUUAGGACUGGCAAAGUCUGUAUAAAUUGCAGAAAAUUUGAGCGUCAAAAUAGCUCAGACAAAGAGUUCUUUGCUGCUCGAGCUGAACGAGUGCAGUGGACUGCAAUAUUAAAUUCUUCAUUACUUAUUUUGUUUCUUGUAUUCCUCUUCGCGUGGAUUUUGCACUCUUCAAUAAAGAGCGAGCUAAACCGCCAUAACGACAAAGUCAUUGAUGAUUUUCUAUCCGAAAAAGGUUGGAAAUCCAUUUCAACGGAUGUAUUUCGUCUGCCGAAGUACCGUACUUUUUUUGCCUCAAUAAUUGGUGUUGGAUCGCAGUUUCUUUUUCUAGUGACUGUUAUUCUAAUUAUCGGUUCUACAAAUUUAAUUAAUGCAAAAAAUCAUGAAACCUUGAAUAGUGCUGCAGUCUUUUUGUAUGCGGUUACAUCAGGAAUAGCAGGUUUCGUUUCUUCUUAUAUUUAUAGACAGUUUGGAGGAGAGCAUUGGGCUCUGAAUGCCAAUAUUACAACAUGCCUUUUCACUGUACCAAUGACUUUAAUAUGGGUAUUGAAUAAUUCGGUAUCUUGGAUGUAUGGUUCUACCCAAGCUCUACCUUACACAACCAUUAUGAUAUUGGGAUUACUUUGGCUUUGUGUUGGUUAUCCACUAACAGUUAUUGGUGCAGCUAUUGCUAAAAAUAUAGCUGCAGCAUAUUCAGCCCCCUGUCGUACACGAAAUAUUCCUAGACAGCUUCCAGAUUUGCCAUUCUACAAAACAAAUUUUGUAUUAAUUCCUUUUGGUGGUUUAUUAUCAUUUAGUAGCGUAUCCGCGGAAUUGUUUUACAUAUUUUCAACGAUAUGGAGUCGUGAAUUGUACACAGUAUAUUACGUGCUUUUGAUUGCACUGUUAAUGUUGAUAAUUGUUGUUGCAACUUCUUCGAUAAUGCUCAUCUAUAUAAAACUUAAUGCUGAAAAUUAUCAUUGGUGGUGGUCGUCUAUAUUCAUUGGAGGGUCGGUAGCUGUAUUUAUUUUUAUUUACGGAACUUUUUUCUAUUAUUAUCGCUCAAGUAUGACCGGUUUACUACAAAGAACGGAGUACUUUUCUCAUUUGUUUUUAUUAUGUUAUAUAUUUUUCUUAACAAUGGGUACUGUUUCUUUUCUUGCCAGCCACUGGUUCAUACGACUUAUUUAUUCUAGCGUGAAGUACGAUUAA